UGCUACGUCACUGCCACUGCCACCAUGUUGGAUCAGGAAGUGGGCAGAGUCGAAGCAGGAAUCCCGAGCCGAGCUUAACGUAAACGGCUGUCUUUAUUCGAUCGGUAAACCGUUUCACCGUUCUCCCUUUUAACAUUCAGUUUACAUGCUGCGUGGCUUUCUGGCUGGUCGGGGUAGGCGUUUUUCUUCGGAUCUAAUCGUUUUGCAGCAACAGCUAUGGCCUCUCUCACGCAGCGAACCUCGGGCCUCGUUCAGCGGAGGACCGAGGCCAUUCGCAGCGCCGCCGCCGACAGGGAGAGGGAGUCCGUCGCCGAGGAGGAUGAAGUGCGCCGCGGUGAGGAGGAGGACGACGACAAGGCGGACUCGAAGGAAACAAGGCUCACGCUGAUGGAGGAAGUGUUGCUCUUGGGCCUCAAGGAUCGAGAGGGAUACACGUCUUUCUGGAACGACUGUAUUUCUUCCGGUCUCCGCGGCUGUAUGCUGGUUGAACUGGCCCUCAGAGGGAGGUUACAGCUGGAGGCCUGUGGUAUGAGGAGGAAAAGCCUGCUCUCAAGGAAGGUGAUCUGCAAGUCAGAUGCCCCGACAGGAGAUGUGCUGCUGGACGAGGCCUUGAAGCACAUAAAAGAAACCCAGCCUCCAGAGACUGUCCAGAGCUGGAUAGAGCUGCUGAGUGGAGAGACAUGGAAUCCCCUGAAGCUGCACUACCAGCUGAGAAACGUUAGAGAGCGUCUGGCAAAAAACCUAGUUGAGAAAGGUGUCCUCACCACAGAGAAACAGAACUUCCUGCUUUUUGACAUGACCACACAUCCACUCACCAACAGUACCAUUAAACAGCGCCUCGUCAAGAAGGUCCAGGACUCCGUUUUGGAGAAGUGGGUCAAUGAUCCCCACCGCAUGGACAAGCGGGUUCUGGCCCUGAUCCUCCUGGCCCACUCAUCCGAUGUCCUUGAGAAUGCCUUCGCCCCACUCCAAGACGACCAGUAUGACCUCGGCAUGAAGAGAGUCCACACUCUGCUUGAGCUAGAGCCGGAGAAAGAGUGCACAAAGCCCAAUGCCAAUGAACUUAUGUGGGCUGUGGUAGCGGCAUUUACUAAAUGAGAACACCUGAUUGGUUGGACUGGAAGAUCUGGCUAUGGUCUGUGUUAUUUAAUUGGUUGAAGGACUUCACAUAAUGAGACGGACUUCACUUUAAUGAGACAAUCUAUUUUGGUGGUAGUCCAUAUUAACCCAUUGCAAUCAGAUUGGUGGUGGGCUUCACCAAGUAACAUUUAGUUGGUUGGAAUGGUCUCUAAAUGGAAAAUGACUGGCUGCUUUCACACAGUGAGAUAAAUUAUCUGCCACUGCUGGGCUGGAUGUACUUGUAAACAUCAACACUCUGAACAGAUGGGCUUCUGUUUAUGAUAGAUGACAUCAAAGAACAAGGCAGGUGGCAGCAGUAGUCAUGGUGAAUAUGAAGAUUUUGACUGGGGCCAAGUUUCCCUCUACGCUAAGGAAGCAUCUUCUCUCCAUUGCUACAAGAUCUCACCAGAUUCAAGUCCUCGUCUCGUCUUCUCACCACACUUUCCCCUCAUGCUUAUGCAAGGAUAAAGGAUAGCAAAUCACACUGCUACAGAUGCUCUUUGCACUCAUGCAGGUUUCCUGCUUCCAUCUAUUCAUUCCCAAUUAUUUUGGGAGUAGAUGCUUUGCGUUACUGUUAGAAUAGACUGCCUGAAUGUUUUACCAGUUCACUCUGUCUGCUCAUUAAAUGAUCUUUUCUCCUUUCCCCCUCACUGCAUUUUGAGGAGGAAAGAGAGAACACAAACGCUCAAGCUCAGUUGCUGCAUCAGUAAGAGUGAGCCGGGUAAUUUGGCCUUUAUAGUCUCUUGACCUAAAUGAAGAAUUAAACCUUGAGUUUAGCAGAGCUCUUUACCUUAUUAGUUUGCCGUUUUUGAAAUGGGUCCAUUCUGUGUUUAGAAGAUGAAAGUAGUCUUCCAUUUGUAUUUAUGUUGCUAGUCGAUGCUUGGAGUAGCCUGCCAUUUAUCAACUAUUUUGCACAGUCAAUAGUCCUGUAGAUAGAAUCGUAUUUGUAGAAAUUUUUCUUGGGUUGAGUAACACAUUUGUUAGGAUGAGAUUGAAAAUAAUGAACCUCAGCAACUAUGGUCAAAAAAAGAAAAGAUCUCACUUAUUUUUCUACAGUAGUUGAAUUCUUUAUGAAUACUUAAAAAUCAUUCCUCUGGUUAUAUGGAAAAGGUUCUGCUCAUAUUUAGGUUGUCCUCAAGUGUAAGUUGAGAUGUGACAUGCAGGAAAAGCCCACGGGAAUCUAAUCUGUUCUGAUCUGAAUUAUUUUCAACAGCCUACACAGGAUCUACAAUGUGGUUGUUUGCUUACAUAUGUGGGCUGAAAAAUGUUAACUGAACACAAGAGUACAUUCAUCCAAAUAAAACAGACUUCCUCACUUGACACUAGUCUUGCAGGUAGUUUUGAUUUUAUCAUUUCAGGUCCUUAUCAGCGGUUUAAAAAAAGAAUAAAAAUGAAAAAUGUUAGGCUUUCUGGAGUUUCCUAAGACAAACCCACAGACACACCUUUUUGUUUUUUACCUUGGAACUACUUUGCACCAAAGAGAUCAUACCUGAGAACUGUUCACAGCAUGUUUUUGUGGAUUUAUACAUAGCAGCAGAGGCAGGUGCGACAGUGUGUUUUGUCAUUCAGGUGAACUGACCCAACCGGAGUUUCCAUCUGACAAUAUAAUCCUUCUUUCAGUUUUCUAUGUCAUGCCACAAUUAGAGGUAAUUUCUAUCUGAUAGGCCCAUAUGGACAUGUUUCAUACCUGCAGAUGAUGGGAGGGUUACCUUGGCCCCAGAUGAAUCAGCGCUAUAGACUGAAGCUGUUCAACACAAUGUUAUCCAUUGGAACAAAAAAAAAAAAACACCCCACAAAAAAUUCAAACACGCAGGUCGGGAAAAACUUGUUUCAGUGUAACAUCAUGAUUUGUAAUUUGUAAACCUCAUUCUGGUCUCAUAAGUGUGAUCUGUGUAUUAACUUGCAUUAUGUUUCACGGCAUACUUUAUAGUUCCGUCUUUUGUGUUUUUUCCUACCUACAUAAUACCAAUAGGUAUGAAGAAGUGUUAAGAUCCGUUUACAGCAAAGAGACCAUGCAUGCUAUUGGUGGAGGGCUGGGGUACUUGUGGAUGUAGCUAAAGAGAAAAGGCUUGUAUGUAAUUAUUAGUCAUUUUAUGUGUACGAUCUAAUGGAAUUCAAUGAAAGGGAUCUUCUCUCCUAUCCUGUAUAAUUCUGUAUGCUUUUGUAUUACACAAAAUAAAGUAAGGAUCCUUUAAGUGCCUGAAUUUA